UUUAUACUUUGCAGGGCUCUUUGCCAGUUUAUUCAACCAAGGUUGCCGUGAGUGUUGUUGAUAAUGUACUGCUGAUUCAUCAAGUUGAGGCGAAGGUUGUUAUAUUGUAUGACAUUUUUGUAGAUUCUCGAGCGCCCAUAUCUGCUCCACUACCUCUGUUAUUGAGGGGUUUUCCCAGAUCCAAUAGUUCUGCCCUGCGAUUACAUAGGGAAGACAGUGAAAGUUCAGAGGCCAGUGUUAUAAAUGGUCGUGAAGUAGUUAUCUAUGGAGAUGACUGGACUUUUCUUGUUCCUGAUCUCAUUUGUGAUGUUGCAAAUCAGUGUCUGUGGAAGAUUCAUCUCGACUUGGAGGCAAUUUCUGCCAGUAGCUCAGAUUUGCCAUCUGUAUUGGAAUUCCUGCAGAGACGGAAAUUGGAUGCCAGUAAGGCUAAACAGUUGUGCUUGUCAAUAGCACGCACAGCCAUUUUAGAACACAGACCUGUCUCUAUGGUUUCCAGAGCAAUAGAUGUUUUGGUUACCUCCUACUCCAACUCAAUUAAGACAGGGAGCUCUAUCAAGGCACCAAAACCUGAGAAGACAUCAUCUUCAGGUGUGCCAAAUGUCACUACUGCUGGACCCAGUGUCGAUGAUUCUGUCAGUAGAGAAGAUGCACUUGGAAAGUCCAUAAAACAUGAAUCUGCAUCUGGAUUGGACUAUGAUUUGCGUAAUAGAUCUUUAGAUUCCUCAAAUUCAGACUCUGGGGAUGGUUCGGGCUCUGAACCAAUAAGAACCAGUUCCAAUGGCCAUAAUGUUGAUGGUAAAGUGGAUAUGAAAAGGCUGAUGGGUGGUGAAACGUCCGGUGCUGCGUCGUCUUUGCAAUCUCAGAAUCCUGGACUUGGUAAUAACCCUUUGAAUGCUAAUGCUUCCGAGCAACAAGACUCUCAACUUACUUCACCAGCAAUUUCACCUGACGAGAUAUACAAUUAUAUCUUUGCUCCUGUCGAGGAAGAGAUGGUUGGCGAUCCUUCUUACUUGGUUGCAAUCAUUAUUGAGUUUCUCCGCAGGUAUAUCAUAUUUAUGGAACCAAUAGUGAGCCAUGGCUUUGAAAAUAAACGCUACUUUCCGUAG